UGGUCCGCCAUUUCGUGGACGCCGGAGAAGUGUGCGCAUCUCCUUUUGGUGGCUUAGCCCGAGAAGUUCGGGGAAAGCAAUCCGGGUGUGUGGGUUUGAGCCUCCGCGUUUCUACUCCACGACCUCGAAAUGCAUCGUGAUUCCUGUCCUUUGGACUGUAAGGUUUAUGUAGGCAAUCUGGGAAACAAUGGCAACAAGACUGAAUUGGAACGGGCUUUCGGCUAUUAUGGGCCACUCCGAAGUGUGUGGGUUGCUAGAAACCCUCCCGGCUUUGCUUUUGUUGAAUUUGAGGAUCCUCGAGAUGCAGCUGAUGCUGUUCGAGAACUAGAUGGAAGAACACUGUGUGGCUGCCGUGUAAGAGUGGAACUGUCCAAUGGUGAGAAGAGAAGCCGAAACCGUGGUCCGCCUCCCUCUUGGGGUCGUCGCCCUCGAGAUGAUUACCGAAGGAGGAGUCCUCCACCCCGCCGCAGAUCUCCAAGAAGGAGAAGCUUCUCUCGCAGCCGGAGCAGGUCCCUUUCUAGAGAUAGGAGAAGAGAGAGAUCACUGUCUCGGGAGAGAAAUCACAAGCCGUCCCGAUCUUUCUCUAGGUCUCGUAGCCGAUCUAGGUCGAAUGAAAGGAAAUAGAAGAGCAGUUUGCAAGAAGUGGUGUACAGGAAAUGACUUCAGUUGACAGGAGUAUGUACAGAAAAUUCAAGUUUUGUUUGAGACUUCAUAAGCUUGGUGCAUUUUUAAGAUGUUUUAGCUGUUCAAAUUUGUUUGUCUUUUGGAACAGUGACACAGCAAUGUAAUUCUCUAUGGUUUGAAAUGGAUCAUAUGAGGCAUGUAAUAUCAAGAAUUGUUGCUUUACAAUGUUCCCUUAAGCAAGAUUAAAUUUGCGUUGAACUUUAGUCUUGCAUAGGACUGAAAUAAAAAGCUCUAAAUCUUGCCCAGCUGAAGUGUGAUGUGCUAAUGUUACAGAAGCAGAACUACAGAAGUGGAACUGAGAUUACUUUGCGCCUAGCUGGGAUACAGUAUGCAGCUGUAGAUGAGUAAGCAGUCUUUAAAAGUGGCCAUGCCCACAGACAGGCCAGCGGGUAAAGAUCAAAGCUGCGUCAUUAAACUGGAUGAGUGUUUCCUAAAUCCAGCUGGUCUUCACUUCACCCUGGGCAUAGAUUGCCUAGUUGGUUUAACACCUGAUGUGAAAGUUUACCUUUUAAGUGUCUUAACGUGAUUGCUAUAUAUGAAUACAUGGCUGUUUGUAACAUUCUUUAUUUGGAAAUUUGAGAUUUCAAAAAAUGUCCUGCCAGUUUAAGGGUACAUUGUAGAGUUGAACUUUUGAGUUACUGUGCAACUUUUUUUUUCAUGCUGUCAUUUGUAAUAUGUUUUGUGAGAAUUCCUUGGGAUUAAAGUUUUGGUUACAAAUUGUUCUUUAA